GAUAUUUUUCUGGCUUUUCAUUUGUCAGGAAAUGGACUUGGAUCAACUUGAUAUGAACCCUAGAGUGAUUGCAGCUAUUAAGAGAGCAAACCUAAAAUCAGUCAGAGAGAUUUUCAAUCUUUCCCAAGCAGAUUUGCAAAGGGUGACAAAAUUAUCCAGUGCUGAUGUACAAUACCUGCUAAAAACAAUUUCUAGUGUGGUGAGGAAAAAACACAUCCUUACAGCUCUUCAGCUAUUCCAAGACAAAAACCAACACAGGAAAUUAAGCCUGGGCUGUCCGGUUCUCGAUAGCUUCCUCCAAGGCGGCAUUCCCCUAACAGGGAUUACUGAAAUCGCUGGAGAGAGCUCAGCUGGGAAGACCCAAAUAGCUUUGCAGCUGGCCCUUUCUGUACAAUAUCCAUACGAAUAUGGCGGUCUAGAAUCUGGUGCAGUUUACAUUUGUACAGAAGACGCUUUCCCAAACAAACGCCUGCAGCAACUGAUCCAGCGACAGGCAAAUCUGAGGGAUGAUGUUCCGCCGAGUGUGGUGCAAAAGAUAAAAUUUGGAAGUGGCAUUUUUGUUGAGCACACAGCAGACCUGGAUGCUUUCCGCAAUUGCAUUACUAAGAGAAUUGGUAUACUACUCUCAAGAGGCAUGGUGCGGCUCAUCAUAGUUGAUUCCAUUGCUGCCUUGUUCAGAUGUGAGUUCGGUGCUAAAGAUUCUGUCCUGAAAGCCAAAUAUCUGCAAAUGUUUGGAGCAAAGCUUCACGAAUUAAGCAGCCAAUUCCGAAUCCCCAUUGUAUGCAUAAAUCAGGUAACUGACACAAUGGAUACAGCUGGGAGAGCUAUUCAUAGUUCAAGCUGUACAGCUCAGAGAGUUGCUCCAGCUCUAGGAAUAACUUGGUCCAAUCAACUAUUGAUGAGACUAAUGGCAAGCCGGACAGUCCAUUUUACACAGACUACAAAUGAUGCGCAUCAACACAGCAGAGGGGUCUUACGGACGUUGAGGGUUAUUUUUGCUCCUCACUUGCCACAGACAUCUUGCCAAUACACAGUAAACCUGGAAGGUGUGCGCGGAAUAAAGGAAGAGGAUGGCACUUUGGCAGGUUUAUGACAAAACCUGCAUAGCAAGAACCUUGGGUUACUUACAGACUUAUCAUUGACUAGACUAUCAAGAUUAAGUCAUUUCCUACCUGCAUUUUGGAAUGAACUUGAAUCCUAUAUUUUUAUAGAUACCGUUUUAUUGUUAGUGAAUAUAAAGGCUGCCAUCUUAUAUUUUGUGAAGGAUGUUUUUCCUCUAUAGCCCCGCAUCUCUUUUUUGGUCUUGAUUUUUUAUCGUGUCUUUUUCCUGACUCAUAGUGACUAACAAUAAAUAUAAAACAAUGCUAAUUAAAAACAAUGCAAGGCAUUUAAAUAUAAACUUAAACCUUAAAACUAAUUAAAUUAUACUUUAAAAAACCCAUAAAGCAUUAACAUGAAUUAAAAGUUUAUACCAACCUUACAUUUGUGAAUCACACAGGCAUGGAUGCCCCCAAACAUAACAUACAUGUGCACCCAAAAACAAGCAGCAUUACACAAUUUUAUCUGUUCAAAUAUUUUAUUUUGAUAACAUGAAAACGACAAGGAAAUUUACAUGUUAAACAGAUUUAUAAUGGGCCACAAAUGUUUUGCGUUUUUGCAAAAAUGUUUGUGCUUUAACAAGAAGUACAAUGCAAUUUUUUUGCCCUACAUUCUAAUGCUGCUUUUUGAAUACAAGUAUUUUGGGGAAACCAAGUGGCGGAUCAAGAGCAUAAUGAAAGUAUCCCAGAACAUUACAUUUUUAUACAAACAAUGGCAUAGUUUCAUAGGUAAGGGCUGUAAUCCUCUGUCAAGCCGUACAUAUACUUAACUAUGUAGCAGAGGGACUAGGGAACUGUUAGUGAACUGCAAAGAUAUGUAAUGGAAACCAGCAAGAAUGUCCUGAUGCACAACAAGAUCAAUGCAAGCCAGUCCUGUUCUGCUUCGGUCACUUUGCUUCCUUAUGUACUAAAGCUAUAGCACUGGAUACAGACAUUAUGGAGCUGCCCAAUUCUAAUUUCCC